AUUAAAAUCUCAACAAAUGAAUUCCACACGUGAAUUCUGCUGCAUUCCUGUACCACCUCCUCCAUUAGAAAACUGAUCUUAGAACUGAGAGGUAAAAGCAUAGAAGAUAGAAGAUGCUGGGAUCUGAUCACAGUGUUGUAGAAGAAUGGUUAUCAGAAUUCAAGGCAUUACCUGACACUCAGAUCACCAAUUAUGCAGCAACUCUUCAUCGGAAAAAGUCCCUGGUACCCGCCCUCUAUAAAGUUAUUCAGGAUUCAGACAAUGAGCUCUUAGAGCCUGUUUGCCACCAGCUGUUUGAGCUCUAUCGUAGCUCUGAAGUUCGUCUUAAGAGGUUCACACUACAGUUCUUGCCAGAAUUGAUGUGGGUUUAUUUACGGCUUACAGUUAGCCGAGAUAGACAAAGUAAUGGUUGCAUUGAAGCUCUUCUGUUAGGAAUUUAUAAUUUGGAAAUUGCUGAUAAAGACGGAAACAAUAAAGUUCUAUCUUUCACUAUUCCUUCUUUAUCCAAGCCUUCAAUAUAUCAUGAGCCCUCAACAAUCGGAUCCAUGGCUUUGACAGAAGGAGCCUUGUGUCAGCAUGAUCUCAUCAGGGUUGUUUAUAGUGAUCUUCAUCCUCAAAGGGAAACAUUCACUGCACAAAAUCGGUUUGAAGUGCUGAGUUUCCUCAUGCUGUGUUAUAACUCUGCUAUUGUGUACAUGCCUGCUUCUUCAUACCAGUCUCUCUGUCAGAUGGGCUCCAGGGUUUGUGUGAGUGGAUUUCCACGGCAGCAUGAAAAACAGUGGAAGGAACUCUGUGGCCGAAUAGUGUUGGAUCCCGAAUUUAUGGUGCAACUUCUCACAGGGGUUUAUUAUGCCAUGUAUAAUGGACAAUGGGACCUGGGCCAGGAAGUCCUUGAUGACAUCAUUUACAGAGCUCAGCUUGAACUCUUUUCUCAACCACUGUUGGUUGCUAAUGCCAUGAAAAAUUCAUUACCAUUCGAUGCGCCGGAUUCUUCACAAGAAGGCCAGAAAGUACUUAAAGUGGAAGUCACCCCAACAGUACCGAGGAUCUCUCGGACUGCGAUUACAACAGCUUCCAUCCGUCGCCACAGAUGGAGGAGAGAAGAUGGCUUUGACUUCUCAAACGAGGCUGACUCGAGUAUUCCUGGCUCCCCGGUCCAACACGGCUCCACUGACCUAGGGAUCAAACGUGUGCAAGAGGGGGAGGUGCUGGUGCGCAGGACCCCUGAUCCUGGCUCACCGGAGCCCAACUCAGCAGCAGCCACAACAGAGGGUGCUGAGGGUGUAAAUGGAGAAGAAUCUCUUAACCUGAAUGAUGCAGAUGAAGGAUUUUCAUCAGGAGCUUCCCUGAGCAGUCAGCCAGUAGGGACCAAACCAGCUUCUUCCCAGAGGGCAAGUUUAAGGAAAGUAGCAGCCGGGCGGUCAGCCAAGGAGAAAGAAACCUCUGCUGUCAAAUCCAGCGAAAGCCCUCAAGAAUCGGUAGUUCGAAGGCAGUUUGUGCAGCAGCCAGCUGACCUUAGUGUAGAUUCAGCUGAGCUAACACCUAUGAAGAAACACCUGAGCCUGCCUGCUGGCCAGGUGGUGCCAAAAACCCAUAACCUAAUCCGGACAGCCAGUGCUUCCUCAAGUAAAUCAUUUGACUACGUCAAUGGCAGUCAAGCAAGUACCAGCAUUGGGGUUGGCCUUGAGGGAGUUUCUAAUUUAGCAGCUACCAAUGCUAAUCGAUUUUCAACAAUCAGUCUGCAAGAAGACAGACUAGGGCAAACUGGAGAGAGCAAAGACCUCCUCAGCGCAGGAGCGCCCUUAACCAAGCAGUCUCGAUCCCCGAGUUUCAAUAUGCAGCUGAUAUCCCAGGUGUAGUCUUGACAGCCACUCUCAUCUCUCUGCUUCCCUUUAAAAUGGAACAUUUCAUUGUGCAGGAAAGUACUUCAUCCCACAUUGUGAAAAUACUACUAGUCAUAGUAAUCAAAUUUGGUUUUAGUUUAGGUGUCUUCAUACUGUAUUUUGUAUGGAAACAGCAAUAAGGCUUUUUUCUCCCCAUUAUCUUCUCUCGGCCUAUUCCUUGUAAUGUGUGUGAAGCAGUACAGAAUGUGUGCAUUUUCCACACCUUCCUUUCUCCUUGGGUGACGUGCAAUCCCAUCGUAGUCUGAUCAGUCUCAUUUCAACACUGUGAGACGAGGAGAUGCUAGAGGAAAUGGUGUUUAUGAUCCCUAUGAGAUGAUUCUUUGGCUUUCUUUACAAAAAAUAUACAAAACGGGUUUGUU